AUUUAUAAAGAAUUUCAGUACCAAUCAGAAUAUUGCAUUUAUAUCUAAGUAGUAUUAAAAAAAAGACAAUUUUAAAAAUUAUUCAACAUUCCCACAAUGAAGACCUUCGUUGCUGUAUUGGUUGUCGCUUUGUUAUUCACCUUGACUUACGCUAAUCCUGUUAACAAUGGUGAACCUGGCUGCCAAACAAUGGAAGAAUUAACUGUUAAAUAUUAUCGUCAUUUUCAAAAUAAAACCGUCUUUUGGGAAUGCGUGACCCUAGGACAACCAGCUGUAUUGCAAUCAUGUCCAGUAGCUUAUGGUUUCUUAGAUCCUGAAAAGCAAUGUGUACACUUUUCAUUGUGGUAUUGGACCCCAACUGUGCCACCACCAAGUGUUCCUGCAACUGAAACACCCACUGAUGCUUAAAAUGAGUGGUAUACAAUUCAAGUGAUGUAAUAGAUUUCCAUCAAUAAAUCCGCAAAUAAAUAAAAUUAUUAUUGUAAA